AUGGAAAUUAAGACAAGUGAAAUUAGUGGACAGAUUUGUCUUGUAUCUUUUCUUAUAACAGAAGAGGAACAAAGAGACAACAUACGGCAGGAACUUACCGUGCCGUGGGAUUUUCAUAUAACAAUGAAACAGAAACAAGAGGAGGAUUAUCCACUAAUGGAUCAACCUGAGUUACCAGAACAUCCUCCAACAUCUUCUGUAGAUAUUGUAGAAGGAUCAGAUGAUGCUUACCAAGAUCCUCCAGAUCUGACUCUACCACUAACUAUAGAAAGAUCUGAUUUAGAGAAAAGUGAAUCUGAUGACGAAGAAAGUUUUGAACUCCAUCCUCUACUGAGAACAACCUAUACCACUACUUAUCCUGGUUACGACAUGAUGAGUGCAUAUUAUCAUGCUUCUCAGAUCUACCAAUCUGGUCCGCCUCCCCCUCCACCAGAUAUACAGCCAAUUGUAGACAAAACUGCCGAUUAUGUCGCCAAAAACGGUGAUAGUUUUCAAAACACAAUAGUCAAACAUCAUUUAGACGAUCGACGAUUUGAUUUCUUACAUCCUUGGAAUCAAUACAAUGCUUAUUACAAAGCAAAAGUAUUGGAUUGUCGCGAAAAGAGAAAAAGAUGA